UGGUGGAGCCGAUGGACUGGGCUUUAGCCAUGGCCUGUGGUCACUGUGUGGUCCUACUACUGCUCAUGGCGGCCGCCCCAGGGCUGGGUCAGAGGUCACACCCCAAGCCUGGUCUGCAGCACAGCUAUGACUGUGGGAUCAAGGGCAUGCAGCUGCUGGUGUUCCCCCGGCCAGGCCAGACUGUCCGCUUCAAGGUGGUGGAUGAAUUUGGGAACCGGUUCGAGGCAAACAACUGCUCCAUCUGCUACCACUGGGUGACCUCCCAGCCCCAGGAGCCAGCAGUCCUCUCGGCUGGUUACAAAGGCUGCCACGUGCUGGAGAAGGACGGGCGUUGGCACCUGAGGGUGUUCAUGGAAGCUGAGCUCCCUGAUGGUCGUGUCGAUGCAGUGCAAGAAACCACUCUGAUCUGUCCCAAACCCAGGGCAGCUCAUGCCGGGACUCUGGACACCCAGCUGACACCAACUACCACAGUCUCGGACCCUGCCUCCCCAGGCCUGGGCCCCGUCUCCCCCGACCCACUAUUGGUAGAACAGAGCCCAGUCCAUCCAACCCCUGCUUCACCAGCCCUUGGUCUCGAGCCUACCCUCCCCACCUCGACUCCACUCCAAAGAGUCACUUCGGAGUACCAGGAGGUGGACCAGGCAGAUACCAUAGGUACCCACCUGACUCGGGCACAGUGCCAGGUGGCCUCCGGGCACAUCCCCUGUACAGUGAAAAGAAAUUCAAAGGAAGCCUGUGAGCGGGCUGGCUGCUGCUAUGACCACACUAGAGAGGUGCCCUGCUACUAUGGCAACACAGCUACUGUGCAGUGCUUCCGAAAUGGCUACUUCAUCUUGGUUGUGUCCAAAGAAACGGCCCUGACCCACAGGAUCACGCUGGCCCACAUCCGCCUGGCCUACACCCGCAGCGGCUGUCCCCCAGUCCAAAAAACGAGUGCUUUCAUGGUCUUCCACUUUCCCUUCACACGCUGCGGCACCACAGUCCAGGUGGUUGGCAACCAGCUCAUCUAUGAGAACCAGCUGGUGUCUGACACCGACGUCCAGCAGGGCCCACAGGGCUCCAUCACACGGGAUGGCACCUUUCGGCUUCAUGUCCGCUGUAUCUUCAAUGCCAGUGACUUCCUGCCUGUCCAGGCAUCCAUCUUCCCAGCCCCAUCACCUGCCUCUGUGACCCAGUCUGGCCCCUUGAGGCUCGAGCUGAGGAUCGCCAAGGACAAGACUUUCAGCUCCUACUAUGGGGAGGGAGACUAUCCCAUCACAAGGCUGCUCCGAGAACCAGUCCACGUAGAGGUCCGGCUUCUGCAGAGGACAGACCCCAACCUGGUCCUGAAGCUGCACCAGUGCUGGGCUACUCCCAGCACCAACCCCUUUCAGCAGCCCCAGUGGUCCCUUCUGUCAGAUGGGUGCCCUUUCAAGGGUGACAGCUACAGAACCCAGAUGGUAGCCUUGGACCGGGCGGUACUGCCUUUCUCGUCUCACUACCAACGCUUCACUGUUGCCACCUUCACCCUCCUGGACUCCAGCUCCCAGAGAGCCCUCAGGGGACCGGUUUACUUCUUCUGCAGCGCCUCUGUCUGCUACCGCUCAGGACUGGAGACUUGCUCAACUAUGUGUAGCCCUGGGACUGCAAGACAGCGACGAUCAUCGGGUUACCAUAAUGACACUGCCAGGUCCCAAGAUAUCGUGAGCUCUCCAGGGCCAGUGGGCUUUGAAGAUUCUUACACGCAGGAGCCCACACUGGGGCCCAAAGGUUCCAGCAGGAACUCCAGCCCGAGGCCUCUCCUCUGGGCCAUCCUGCUGCUGCUGGCUGCUGUCCUGGUCCUAGCAGUUGGUGUCUUUAUAAGCCUGAGUCAGGCCUGGGCUCAGAAACCCCGGAAAGGUGACACAGUGAAUGGGCUCAAUAAAGCACUGUUUUGA